GCCUGUGCGAAGAUGAAGGCAAUGCACCAGUCGAUCUUAGCUUCCAGUUGUCGAGCAGCAGCGGAGCAGCGGCGACACACACUCGAAUCGUCGAUCCGUACCCAGAUGGAGGUUGGGCGGAGCAGUCGUCGGCAGCUCCCUGCAGGAGGAGAUAACCUCUCGCAAGCAUCCGGGGGCGGCGGGAAUAGAAAUGUGGCGUCGAUGCAGGGCGGAGGACGAGGCGAUGUCCCCCAGCGUCCGGAUUGGAUCCGACUGUCACCUGCCUCACGAAGUGGUCCAGGGACUCCACCCGGACGACAACGAGAGGACGACGGUUCCGCGUCGGGUGCGCAAGUGGAGCGACACGGUAGGCAGUCGUGGGCGGAUGCGAGGCAGGCGUUGCGUCAAGCAGGAGUUGACACCAUAACGAGAGGGGUGCAAGAGCUCCACGUGGACGAAGGCGGUGAUGCGGCUGCUGAGGAACCAUUCAACUGUGACGACGUUGAUGAUGAAGAAGACUGCAACUCCGACGAAUUGCCUGAUGUUCGUCCACUUGGGAGGAAGGCCAGAGGCGGCGGUGCGAGUGCGAAGAAAGGUUCCACUCCGUCAAAUCAGAGGAAUAAGAGGAGGGACGACGACACUGGCGGGAGCGAUGGCGAGGGCGGUCACAAUUUCUGGUCGGUAGGAGACACGGUCGCACUCGUCCGGGCGAAAAGGGAUCAAGACCUGUAUUUUGCGAGUAUGGGCCACAAUUUCGGGGGCAUGAAGACUAGGGAAUGGAGGUGGGAGGACGUUCGGCAGAGGUUGGUAAAGUUGGGCGUCCAGCGGAAGGUCGUCGACUGCGGCAAGAAGUGGGACAACUUGAUGCAGCAGUUCAAGAAGGUUCACAAGUACCAAAACCUCUCCGGCGGGAAGGACUAUUUCAAGCUUGCCUCUUCGGCGAGGAGAUCGGAGGGUUUCAGCUUCGUCAUGGACCGGAGCGUUUUCAACGAGAUGGAGGCGAUGACGAAGGGGGAUCACACUAUCCACCCGAAGAAUUUGGCGGACACGGGGGCGCCGGGGGGGGUGCAGAUGCCGGCAGGAGCGGGGGCUGUAGGGGAUGACAUCGGCAGUGAGGGGGGAGGGGAGCCUGUCGACGAAGACCAGGGGUCGACGAAAGAUUCUAGAUUCAGCGGCGGGAGCGGCGCCGCAACGGGGAAGAGGAAGAAUAUGAGACAACAAACGUUUGAGGUAGUCACCGACGUGAUGGAGGACCAUGGAACGCUUAUGGCGACGACGAUGGACAAUGCGAGCAAGCGGCAAUGCUCCAUGAUGUUACGACAGUGCCAGGUCCUUAAGAGCGAACUGGAGCUGCAGAGGGGACAUAAUGCUGCAGCGGAUGCGGCGAACACGAUGAUGUGUAACGCCCUUCUGGAGAUAGAGAAAGCAAUCCGCGAUAGAUCGUGAGGAGUGUGGUGUCUAGCUAGACGUUCCCCGUCUCGUUUCUGCCCUCGUGUGUGCGUGUGUGUGUGUGACUGCGUGUCCACACGGCUGCAAAGCAUUGUAG